UGAUACCCUCACUCCUAUUUCCUAAUUCCUCCUCUCUCACGGCGGCGCGCACGUUAGAGAAGUCAUUCUAUUCAGCGCCGACUCCUUCUCCACUUACCCUUCUCUCACGCUUUUCCUUCUCAAUUUACUCAUGCUCAUCAUUUUCUUCCGAUUUCCAAAAAUAAUAAAUCCAAAGAUCCAAUCUUAAAUGCGCUGAAUCGCAGGAGGUACUUUCUUGAAUCAAAUUACCAACUGUUUGAUCUCAUUUGUUCUCUACUUUGACCUGCUCCCUGUAAUGGACUGCUAGAUUUGCUCUUUCAUUGAUUGAUUAAAACAGCAAUGGCAACGACUACGGCCACGAUGAAGGAGAAAGAGGAAGAUGCGACCAGCAAGAAGCCAUUUAAGAGGAGAUCAAGGCUCAUUGUCCGUCUCGGUUCUUUCCUCAUCGUUCACUCUAUCCUCUUCAGUGUGGUGUGCUGCACUGCAGGACUAAUUGCACUUAUCCUCCUGCCUGUUCUUGCCAACAACACCUACAUUUCUGAAAAUGCUCUCCUACCAGGAUCCGCAAAUCCGAUGUUCUCUAUUCAAGAUGUAGUGGAAGCCAAGAAAUUUGUUAGAGAUAUACUUGAUACAUCAGUUACCGAAGAAGGAAGAAGAAUAGAAAUCCCUAGGUUGAUAGAACAACGAGUGGUGGAUGUGGGGGCAGAAGCUUAUUAUCAUAAGUUCAUUGCUGACGGUGCACAGUUCCACCCUCUGCAUUUCUUUUCUUGCGCCCCUAGUACUUCAACCAUGGAAACUAAUAAUAGUUGUUCAUCAUUUGGUGUAAAUUCUGUUGGUAUUAUACGUGCUCCUCGUGGUGAUGGAAAGGAAGCAAUUGUGUUGGUUUCUCCUUACAACUCAGAGAAUAUUCAACUAAGCGAUGCAGUAUCAUUAGGUCUUGCAUACUCAAUCUUCUCCUUCCUUAGCAGAGUCACAUGGCUUGCAAAGGAUAUUGUGUGGCUUGCUGCUGAUUCUCAACAUGGAGAGUAUACUGCAGUUUCAGCAUGGCUGAAAGACUACCAUACUCCUGUUUUCUUCAGUGAUGCAGGGAAAGUAGAUUUUGGCAUGUGUUCUGUAAAGGAUAUUCAUCGUCAAUGGGAGAAUAAACUUUUUAAGGAGAAUAAUCCAAAUGUUUUCAAACGAUCUGGAACCAUGGCUGCUGCUCUUGUAUUCAAGGUGACAGAAAGUAAAGAAAGAAGCGAGAGGGAUAGACUUGAUAUAUAUGCAGAGGCAUCCAAUGGCCAGAUGCCUAACCUUGACCUUAUCAACACUGCUCAUUAUUUGGCAGUUCACAGACAAGGUUUGAAAGUGGUGGUUGGGAUGGUAGAUUCUUUACUCCACUCCACAUGCCUGAAGUUUGUCGGGGAAAUACUUCAAAGUGUUGGCAAGCUGGUCAAAAUCUUAAACCCCAAAUGGAAAUUUGGAAUCACAUCUGCUGAAUUUGUUGAAGGUACUUCCACAGUUGCUAGGUCAAUUUUUAAUCAGGCGCUUGGAGUUCCCACUGGGCCCCAUGGUGCUUUUCGUGAUUACCAGGUGGAUGCAAUUACUCUAGAACUCUCACCCAGGGUAUAUCUGCAUAAUGAAAAUGCUCAAUCUGCAUUCCUUCUGAAGAGUGGAAGGUUAAUUGAGGGCGUCCUACGCUCAGUAAAUAACUUACUUGAAAAGUUCCACCAGUCCUUUUUCCUCUAUUUCUUAACUUCUCCUAACAAGUAUGUGUCUGUUGGCGUCUAUAUGAUACCAUUUGCACUGCUUGUAGCCCCCCUUCCCAUUGUUGCUGCAGCUCUAUUCUCUGCUGGUAAGAGAAAAGGAGACAAUUUGGAAGACACAUCAAAUGAGGUUGCUGAAGCAGCAAGUGGGUCUGAUUCAUGGAAAUGGAUUCAUGCUGCAAAAGUAGUAUUCAUGAUUCAUCUAUGGGCAGGCGUUGUAUCUUUACUACCCUAUCAUAUCUCACAAAUCUCUGGCAUGGACUCCACGGCGAGAAUGUCCGUGUGGGUUGCACUUUCCGUCACCAUGCUUCUCAUCUCUUACAAAAUUGUGGGCUCUCCUUACUUGUGUUCCUCUACCGAUGGUGAUUGGGAGAUUCUGAAGGCUGUGACAGUUGCUGUUGCCUCUAUAGGUUUGUGUCUCAUGUCGAUCAUUAAUUUCGCUACAGCACAGAUUGGAUCCAUGCUUCUUGUUCCGAUGUGUCUAAUGGUUCGACCUUUUAAGAGAAGGUCUCAGGUGGCUCUGAGUUUGAGAUUCAUAGUUCUUGCUUUUAACCUAGCAUUUGGGUUAUUAGGAUUUCCGCCUGUUGGGUUGAUGAUGUGGAAAGGGCUGUUUGAGGGAUUUGCAAAGGUUAGCGUUGGAGAUUUCUGGGAUCAGGCAGAGUUUCUUUGGUCAUGGAACAGUGCUACAUAUCCGUACCUGCUAUGGAUCCACCUUGCAUGUUGGGUUUUAUGCAUGCAUAUAUUAAUGCAUCCUUGAGGAUAUAUGUCCUGAGGCGUUCAACAUUUGAUUUAAUGAUUACUUUUGUUAAUGAUGGUUCUAUGUGCCGCUACCCUUGAUUGAACUAGGAUAAGGGCUGAUUGUCACACCUGUAAAUUAAUUAUGUGAGCAUAUGUACUGCUCUUUGGCCAAUGUGAACAAUGAGGAAUGUAAAAGAUGUUUUUGGUUAUACUGACUCCAUUGUUCACAAGAAAAGAAUUACGGGGUAAUUGGAUGUUCUUUCUGUUUCA